AUGUUUUACUUGUACAAUAAACUUACUGAAUCAUCUAGGAAAUCUCAUAAUGAAAAAAGUAACAGCAAUGUACGAAAGGAAAAGGAUGUAAUUUUUUCGUCCGAUGGGAAUAUGUAUAGAAAGAAACAUAGAGAAGAGGACUACAAGAAAGAUGAAGAUUUUUUUUUGAUGUUUGAGGAGAAAGAAAGAAAUGAAGGUAGCAAAUUAAAUAAGGGGGACAGUGAGAGUAGUAGUGAAAAACAAAAUUGUAAUAUUUUUCUAAAGGAUGAAAACAUAGAAGGGGCACAUAUUAUAUCAGAAUUAAAAGAGAAAAAGAAGGAUACAGAGAGAGAAAUGGAUGUAAAGUGGAAAGGGAAUGAUAUGAAAUGUGAAAGGAUAGACGUAGCUUGUGAAGGGGCUGGAGUGGCCUUUGAAUGGAUUGAGACAAUGUGCGAAGGGGUUGGCGAGAGUAGUGAGCAACCCGAUAUACACACUGAUAAUGUUAAUGCACAGUGUGAACAGCUUGAUGAAAGCGGCGACGAUUUUUUUAAAAUAGAUGAAGGCAAUUUUUCCACCUUCACAUUUGCCGCCAGUUAUGAUACUAAAAGAAACAGUGUGGAAGGAUAUUCUGGAAAUACGAAUUAUGAGUGUAAAAGGAGUGAUGUAAUAAAUGAGGAAAAUUAUGAAAAUCCUUCAUCCAUUCUUAAUGUAAAUAUUAGUUUUGCUGAUAAUGGAAGGAAUCUUUUAUUAUCAGAUGAGAAAAAGGAACUGCAAAAUGAUAACUCUGAAUCUCUAGUUUUGGAAAAAACUUUAAGUGUUCCUACCCUAUAUAAGAAUGAGGCUUUUUUUAUACCUCAUAAAAAUUUAACACAAAGUGACGAUAAUGUGUCAGAAUAUAAAAAAGAAAAGUUAGAAUUUUUAUUACUUGAAGAUGGUAAUAAAAAUAUAAAAAAAGACGAACAUUCUGAAAGGGGAUAUACAUUAAAAGAAGUAACAUCAAUAUAUUCAUAUAACCAUAAUUCUGUACAUGUAAAAUCAGAGAAAGAAGUUAGUAUUAAUGAAAAAAUAAAAACAGAAUUUUUAUGUUCGAAUAUUUCAGAAAAAAAUAUUUCACAUGAAAGUUUAUGUAAAAAAAUGAACUCAAAUAGUGCAGUAACUUAUGGUAAUUUGGAUGGUGAAAAUGAACGUAAGGCUGAUACUUUUAACAUUAAUUUUAUUUUUGCAAAGACAGAUAGUGAAGGUGGUAAAAUGGGAAAUUCUAAUGAUAAUGAAGAAAAUAAAAGGGGGAAUUUGAAGGAGGCUUACAGUCAUAACAAUGCACACAUUGAUAUGGAUUAUGAGGCAAAUGAUGACAAAUACAAUAGUGAUGUACAUAGUAGUGUACAUAAUGAUAUACCGAACAGUGCACAUAAUGAUAUACAGAAUGGUGUACCUAAUACCAAUGUGCACAUCAGUAGAAAUAACUUGAAGGAUGAUUCUAGUGAGUUUUUUUAUUUUUUUCAUAGUAAUAAAGGAGAUGGGAAUCUAGGAGAACAAAUCUUUGUAAAUAAAAAUUUGGAAAAUUUAGAAAAAAUUAUAGAACAAGACAAUAAUAGAAGUCUGUUAGGUAAUAUUUUAGGUGGAAAGAAAGAGAUAGAAAGUUCCCAUGUAGAAUUAGAAAAUGGAAAUGAUAACGAAGUACUUGAAAAAAGUGGUUCGGUAAAUAGUGAAACAAUGGAAGUAGGAAGUAUUAAAUCAGGAAAAGAUGAUGAGCAAUUUAUUUGGGAGAGUCCAUCUGAAGUGAAAGGUAUAGUAAAUGGUAAGGAGAAAAUAUAUUCUGAGAAUAAAGACGUGGUUGAAGUGGAGGAAGCAGCCGUGGAGGUAGUGGACCUUAAAGACGAAAAACGCUUUGAGAGUAAAGAAGUGGCCGAAGAAGAGGAAGUAGUGGAGGCGGCAGUAGACUAUGAAAAGGAAAAACUUUUUGAGAGUAAAGAAAUGGUUGAAAAGGAGAAAGUAGUGGAUAAAGAAGUGGAAUAUAUAGAGAAAAAACGAUUUGAGAGCAAAGAAGUGGCUGAAGAAGAGGAGGUAGUGGAGGCGGCAGUAGACUAUGAAAAGGAAAAACUUUUUGAGAGUAAAGAAAUGGUUGAAAAGGAGAAAGUAGUGGAUAAAAAAGUGGAAUAUAUAGAGAAAAAACGAUUUGAGAGCAAAGAAGUGGUUGAAGAGGAAGUAGCCAAUUUUGUAGAGGAAAAACGCUCUAAUAAUAAAUAUGUCAUUGAAGCGGAGGAAGUAGCUGAAGGGAUAGUUGAUUAUGGAGAGGAAAGAUGUUCUGAGAGUAAAGAAAUGGCUGUAAAAGAAGAGAUACCAGAAAAAUCAGCGGAAUAUGUAAAGGGAAAACGUUUUAAGAGUAAAGAAGUGGCUGAAGAAGAGGAAGUAGUGAAGGCGGCAGUAGACUAUGAAAAGGAAAAACUUUUUGAGAGUAAAGAAAUGGUUGAAAAGGAGAAAGUAGUGGAUAAAAAAGUGGAAUAUAUAGAGAAAAAGCAAUUUGAGAGUAAAGAAAUGACCUCAAAAGAAGAAGCAGAGUACGUAGAGAGAAAAAUUUUGCAGAGUAAAGAAUUUACUGAAGAAGAGGAAGUAGUGGAGUUUGAUAAGGAACAACUUUUUGAGAGUAAAGAAGCGCCUGAAAAAGAAAAAGUGGAGUUUGUAGAGAAAAAACUUUUUGAGAGUAAAGAAAUGGCUAAAGAGGAAGCAGUGACGUAUGAAAAGGAAAAAAAAUUUGAGAGUAAAGAAACGACUGAAGAAGAGGCUUAUAUAGAGGAAAAACCUUUUCAGAGUAAAGAAAUCGUUGAAGAAGAGGUAGUGGAAUAUGAAGAGGAAAAACUUUUUGAGAAUAAAGAAAUGACUAAGGUAGAGGAAAUGGGUGAGAUAACAGCCAAGAUAAACGAUUUUGGAAGUGUAGAGAUGUAUGAAACAGAGAAGAUUUUAGAAGAACGUAGAAAUUUUGCCUCCUUUGAAGAUAAUUCAUUGGAAAGGAUAGAAUUAAAAAAUAGCAAAUUUAAUGAAUUAAAUGAAAAUAAUAAUAAACUUGAAAAUAUUAAUGAGAGAAAUAUGACAAAGGUAAAAAUGUGUGAAAGUGUUAUUCUUGAAAAAAGGGAAGAAAAUGAAAAAAAGUGUGAAAAUAAAAAAUUAACCCUAGAAGAAAUUAAUGAAAUAAAAGUUGAUAAAAUUUUUAACAUCAAAAGUAUAGAAGAGGAAAAAAAAAAAGAAGCAAUUUUCUCAUUAAAUAAGGAACAUGCACAUUCAUUAAUUGAUGAAGGUUAUGAAGAAGGAUUUUUAUUGUCAUUCGAAUUAAAUAACUCUAAAAGAACGUUCGGAGAUGAUAAUAUUAACAUAAAUAAUACGAUAAAAGAACAAUUGGAGGAUGCUAAUACAGAAAUGAGUUGUAAUCAUUUUUUAAAUAUUAUCAAUGAAGAAAACAUACACAGAAUAUAUGAUGUGACAAAGGAAUUGAAUUGUUCUCAAAAAAAUUCUUUGAAAGAGGAAAGAGAAUUCUCUAUUAAUGGAUAUAAGAAGAAUGUGUUAUAUGAGCAAAAUGGAAAUAUUAUUAACCAUAUUAAUAAUAGUUAUUUGAAUAAUAAAUUACAAAGUGGGAGGAACAAUGGAAGAAGUGAAUUUACCAAAGAUAUUGAAGAAUUAGAAAUUGCAAUGAGGAAAUGUAAUGAAAAAGAAGUCGAUAGAAAUGAUAAAGUUGAAAAAAGGAUCACACUGCUUGAUAUGGAGCAUACGGCUAAUUUAAGGAAAGUAGAACAUGAGGAAAUAAUUUUUAAGUGUGAAAAGAAGAAGAAAGGGGAAAAAAGGAAUAAAAGGAACAAGAAACACAUUAAUCGCUAUUUGUUUAACAUUACAAAACAGUUCGAAUACGAAUCAAACAGUUUACAAUAUUUGAAGGCUUUGAAAGAGUUGCCUCCACUAAAAUUUUUGAAAUGCAAAGAUAUGAAACCGUUUUUACAUCUUUUUAACAUUGUUUUGAAAGUUGUGUGUGAGCAUUACCGUAAUGAAGAUUUUGUGUAUGUUUUGGCUGGAGAUGAGACUGGCUGCAUUUAUGUAAAGCUCAGCCUAAAGCAUAAGGAAUUCUGCGAGGCAGGAAAAAAUUUCAUUUUAGCAAAUUGCUGUUCUGCGGUUGAAGGUUAUCGCAUAAUAUUAGAAAUUAACGAAUAUAGUAAUAUAUUCUUAUUAAAAUAUAACACUAUAAAAGAUGUUAACAAAAAUAUAAAUUUUUCUGAUGCUAAAUUUGUCACGUUGUCCGAAUGUAGAAUUUAA